AUGUCAGCUGAUCCAAAGCUCGUCCCAACUGACGAGCAGGGGGGGCUCUUCGACCAGCUCCUAAAAAAGGUGCACACAGAAGAAGUAUUGAAAAAGCAACACUAUACCCCUAUCUCGUCUCGCGGCGAUGGCACUCGCUGCGCCGCGGGUGGGGUCGUCAGAUACAUGGAAUUUGUCGAGAGCCCAACGCCAAACAGAGACACAGCUAGACGGCAGGCGCUUGUCCUAGAUUGCGAGAUGGUUGGGGUUUCGGGAAAUCGCAAAGAGCUAGCCUUUCUAGCAGUCAUAGACCUUCUCACCGGAGAAGUUCUCAUCAACAAUUUCGUUCAUCCAGCCAAUAUCGUCCGAAACUGGUUCACCCGAUCGAGCGGCAUAACGUGUGCUAAUAUGAAGGCUGCGGUGAAGGAUAACGUCGCCCUUCCAGGGUGGAAAGCAGCACGCGAAAUUAUUUUUAAGUAUAUGGAUAGUAACUCUAUACUGGUCGGUCACGCCCUCCAUAACGACCUGAACACCCUGGGGAGUGUACACCCCACAAUCAUCGACACGGAAAUCCUCACUGCUGAUGCAGUGUAUCGACCCCUUGAGAGACCCUUCCGAAGGACUUGGAACCUUAAGACCUUGGCCAAUGACUUUCUUGGUCUGAAAAUCCAAGCGGGAAGGUGUGGACAUAGUGCGUUGGAAGAUGCAGUGGCCACUAGGCAGGUGCUACUUCAUUUCAUCAAAAGCCCCGUUGACCUGGAGGCUUGGGCUGAUAAAUUACGAACAAAGGAGCCUCCCAAGCCCGAAAACCCGGUCAACGAGGAGCUGGAGAGGGAUCCUUGGUUUGAUCCUUGGUUUGGUUAG